UGUCCAGGCAGCCUCCCCAGGUGGGCAGAAGGCAUGGAGGACCCAGGGUUGUCUGAGCCACACAGAGGACGUAGGCUGAUUAUGGAGUGCGGAGGCCCUCUGACCAAGUCCUGUCGGCUACUGCUGCUACUGCUGCUACUGCUGCUGCUGCUGCCACCUCAUAACUAUCAGGGAUGGGCUCUGAGACAGAUUCCCCCAACCCAGGUGCAGGAGCAAGACAGGGGGAUCCAGGACCCUCCUGCUGUGCACCUCAGCAAUGGCCCAGGACAGGAGCCUGUCUCUAUCAUGACCUUUAACCUCAGCAAGAUCACUAAAUCCUCUUCCUCCUUUGAGUUUCGAACCUGGGAUCCAGAGGGAGUGAUUUUUUAUGGCGAUACCAAUCCAAAGGAUGACUGGUUUAUGCUGGGGCUUCGGGAUGGCAGACCUGAGAUCCAAAUGCACAAUCUCUGGGCGCAGCUUACAGUGGGUGCUGGACCCCGGCUGGAUGAUGGGAGGUGGCACCAGGUAGAAGUAAAGAUCUCUGGGGACUCAGUGCUGCUAUGGGUGGAUAAGGAGGAGGUGCUGCAUCUGAGACAGGUCUCUGGGCCUCUGGCCAAAAAACCACAGCCCAUCAUGAGAAUUGCACUUGGGGGACUGCUGUUCCCUGCCUCCGAUCUCCGGUUGCCGCUGGUACCUGCCCUGGAUGCCUGCCUGCGCAGGGAUAACUGGCUGGACCAACAGGCCCAAAUUUCAGUGUCUGCCUCUACUAGCCUCAGAAACUGUAGUAUAGAGUCCCAACCUGGGGCGUUCUUCCCUUCAGGGACUCGUGCAGAAUUCAAUCUCCAAGAUAUUCCCCAGCCUAAUGCAGAGCCCUGGGCCUUCUCUCUGGACCUGGAACUCCAGCUGGCAGCAGGCUCUGGCCACCUCCUUGCCCUUGGGACCCCAGAAAACACUUCUUGGCUCAGCCUCCACCUACAAGAUCAAAAGGUGGUGCUGUCUCAUGGGUCGGGGCCAGGGCUGGAUCUGCCCCUGGUCUUGGGACUCCCUCUUCAACUGAAGCUGGAUGUGUCCAGGGUCCUCUUGAGCCAGGGGCCAAACAAAAAGAUACUUGCUCUGCCUCCUGAGGACCAUGGCUCCCUCCUCAACCUUUGGACUCACCCCCAGGGGCGUCUCUUCCUGGGGGCUCUUCCAGGAGAGGCCUCUUCUGCCUCCUUUUGCUUGGAUGGCCUUUGGGCACAAGACCAGAGGCUAGACAUGGAUCGGGCCCUGAGCAGAAGCCAGGACAUCUGGACUCACAGCUGUCCCCAGAGCCCAGGCAAUGGCACUAAGACCACCCAUUAAAU